AUGGGGCGCAUUAGUCUUUCUUGCUCACCGCGUGCGGCGGUGGAUCGUGGGUGCGCCAUGGGCCUGGCCCUUUCGGCGUCCCAGCAGCUGCAAGUGCCCUCUGAGAUCACGGAGGAGCGUCCUUGGGCAGAAGUGGCAUGCAUGGGUGUCAAGAUGCUCCUACUCGCCGAAGCAGGCGCCCGGAAAGCGGACGUCGCGGCUGAAGAGAGUCGCGAAGCUAGUAUGUCUCUGUCCACCAUGAAGGACAACCUUGAGAACUCUACCGCUCGCCGCGAGCAGCUCAUCAAGGAGUGCGAAGAGGCCCAGCUGGAGGUGGCUAAACAGAUCUCCACUCUUCAGGCUACUUUAGAGGCGGAGCGCCGUCAACGGGACACCGAGUUUGCCUCUCUUAUGGCGAAGGAGCGCCUAGAGUUUGAGGUGAAGCUAGCCGCCCUGGCGGCGGACAAGGAGGCACUUACCAAGGACUUGGGCGCCCGGGAUACCGAGCUUGCAACCUUGAGGGAGGAGAAGACAUCUCUCGAGGACGAGUUGAAGGCGGCUGCGUACCGCCGAGGGGACUACAAGAAGGCUUUGAGGGGCGCCCGCAAGGAAGUAAGAGCUCUCAAGGCGUCACUGAAGCAUUUCGCGAGUUCAGAGGCGGGGCAGGAGCUUAUUGCCAAGGCGUCUCUGGACAGCCUGGUACUUGCGAAGAGGAAACUCGAUCAAGAGUACCCAGAUGUCGUUGUGGACUUUCCCGACCUCGUGAACUUUGUAAUUGAGGAGAUGCAUAAUGAACAGGAGGAGGCGGCUGAGGAUGAUGCGGCGCCUACUGGGAGUAGGGAGGCGCCUUCCCCGCAAGAAAGUGAUACUUCGAUGGAAGAUGCCUCUUCGAAAGCGGAGUAG